ACUAUUUCACACUGAAAAAUUCAGCUUGAACCAUUUAGGGGCUACAAUCGCCUUAACAAGUCAAGGUCUUUCACUAUAUAUCAUCGAACACUCCCACCCUGAUUCCUCAAGCUUGUUGAAUCGUUUCCCUAAUCUCUCUGCUCGUUCGCCUUUCGAUUUUCAUCCAUACCAGUAAAGGUUUCUCAUCUAAUCGAUUUUGGAAUCAGGGCGGUCAUGGAUGACACUAAUGGUCAGAGUGUUCUAACCCCCGAAUCAAAAACUAAAAAGCUCGAUAAGACCAAAAGUGCUGAGACUAACGUAGUCGUACAUGAGCUUGCUAAGAUCAAUGGUGAAGGAUCCGUCAUUGCAAUUGGGAAUGAGGGCACGAUGGUUCGAUGUGAACCAAUGAAGAUGAAUGAUGAAGAAUCCAUGAUUGUUACUAGGCAUGGGGACGAAGAUAAGGAAGAACAUAUAGUCGAAAAGACAAAUGAUGAUGAAAAUACAAGAGAAAAGGUAAGAAACAAAGAAGAAAUGAAUAAGGAAGUAAGGAAUGAGGAGGUGACAUUGAAUGACAAGGAAUUGACGAAGGCGAAGGGUGAAAAGAAGGAAGAACACAUGGUAACAAAGGAAAAUAAUGAAGAAAAGGUAAGGAAUGAAGAAGAAAUGGAUAAGGAAGUAAAGAAUGAGGAUGAUAUUGAAAGGGAUUCUAAGGAAAAGAUUAAAAAGCCGAAGAAAAGGAACAGAAGGAAGAAAAUGGCUUCGAGGAAUAUCAAUGCAAUGAUGGCCAAGGAUGACAAGAAACUAGAAGACUCUUUGGACAAAAUUAGUGAAAGGAAGAAUAUGGUUCCGAGUGGUUCUACUAAAGUGGCCGUUGGUGAUUCUAAGCAACCAAAAUCUUUAAACACAAAUCGCAAAAGGAAAAGGAUGGCUAGAGUUACCAAUGCAUUGACCACUAAAGGUGCAAACGAGUUGGAAUCAUCUGACAAGAAGACCAAGAAGGGGAAGAUGGCUUUGAAUGGUUCUAAUGAAGAGGUCACUAAGGAUAUUGGCAAGCAACAAUUGUCAAAAAAAAAGACGACGGAAAAGGUGAAGAGUAUGGGAAUGAUAUUCAUGUGUAGUUCAAAGACAAAGAAGGAUUGCUAUCGCUACAAGGUCUUAGGGUUGCCUGAAAACAAGAAAGAUAUUGUACUAAAGAUUUAUGAAGGCAUGAGGUUGUUCUUGUAUGAUUUUGAUUUGAGAUUGAUGUAUGGGGUCUACAAAGCCGCAGGACCCGGGGGUUAUAACAUUGAGCCUAGGGCUUUCAAGUCUGCAUUCCCGGCUCAGGUGCGCUUCACUGUUUUGGAGGAUUGCUUGCCGCUGGCAGAGGAAAAGUUUAAAAAGGUCAUCAAGGAUAAUUAUUACACUAAGAACAAAUUCGAUGGUCAAUUGACUUCUGAACAGGUGAAGAACCUGUGCAAUCUUUUCCGAUCUGCUCAUAAAGUUACGGAGUCCAAAGGGAUUGGCAGAAGUCCCGGGGCAGAAACUCGCACUUAUGGAAACCGAAAAAGAGCCAGGCGGCACAAGGCAGAAACUCAUACUUCUGGAGACCGAAAAAGAACUAGGCAACAUAGUCGGGAGCGAGAGAGGGGGCACAAUCGGGAGCAAGAGAGGCACUAUGCUGAUGGUGGAGGCCGCCUGUAUGGUGAGAGGCCUGUUUAUGAAAGGGAGGCAUUUGCAUCUUCCCUAGUGCAUGCGACUCUACCCCCACCUUUACCUCAACCUUUGGGACCUGCGCAUCCUUUGCCAUCAUAUGUUUAUGAGAGGGCCUCAGAGUUGGGUACUUACAGACAGGAACCACUCAGUGAGCAUCAUGAUCGACGGCUUUCAGAUCUGGAACUGAGGCACCGAGAUGGGAUUGAAUAUCACGAUCCCUAUGUUUUAAAUCGGGAUCCCCUCCUUUUGUACAGGGAGCGUCCUUUGUACCGUGAUCCGUUGUAUUCUACAGGUGCACUACCCGAGUACCGUUUUGCAGAACCACAUAUUGAGUAUCGACCUCUGACAGGCCCUCAACCACUGCAUGAGUUCCGUACACCCACAGACCCUCUUCGUGAAUACCAUCCCCAUCCUCCCCCCGGCCUCUUACCUGAAUACCAUCCCCUUCCACCCCUGCAUCGCUACUAGAUCAGUCUCAAGAACUGGGAAGACUUUUAGUUCACAUUUCAGUUGUUUAUAGUUUAUCUAAUGCAUGAAUUUCUGCAAAGCAGUAAUUAUUCUGAAGUGGCUUUGGCAGUUCCAAAAUGAACUUUUAAAAAGACUCCAAACUGUUAAAGAGUUGUCUGCUCGAUCAUUGCCAAAUAAUUAACCUGGUAUUUUCAGUUUGGCGCCUCAUGCUUAAUCUGACAUAUUACUAUUGUGUUCUCUGGUCUUAGUGAGGCCGAGAAUAUUUUGUUUUGGAGUUCUUAA